GGCGCAGGCGCAGUGCGGCCGGGCCGCUGUGAGGGGGAAGCGGAAGGCGGUUGCUCUCCUUUCCGGCCGGGAGCCUUCUUCCCCGUUCCUCUUCCGGCGAUGGCGCUGGGCAGUGUGCUGUGAGGCAGGGCGGCGGCGUCGGGAGGAGCAGCAUCGCCAUGAACCUGCGGGGCCUCUUCCAGGACUUCAACCCUAGUAAAUUCCUCAUCUAUGCCUGCCUGCUGCUGUUCUCAGUUUUGCUUUCUCUCCGUUUGGAUGACAAGAUUCAGUGGAGCUAUUGGGCAGUGUUUGCUCCAAUAUGGCUGUGGAAGUUGAUGGUCAUUGUCGGUGCUUCAGUCGGAACUGGAGUGUGGGCACGAAACCCACAGUAUCGAGCAGAAGGAGAAACAUGCGUGGAGUUCAAAGCCAUGCUAAUUGCAGUCGGCAUCCAUUUGCUCCUCCUGAUGUUUGAAGUCCUGGUUUGUGACGGCAUUGAAAGAGGAACUCGCUUCUGGCUUCUCGUCUUCAUGCCACUGUUCUUCGUCUCUCCAGUGUCCGUUGCAGCUUGCGUGUGGGGCUUUCGGCAUGACAGAUCCCUGGAGCUGGAAAUCCUGUGUUCUGUCAACAUUCUCCAGUUCAUAUUUAUUGCUCUCCGCCUGGAUGAAAUUAUCAAGUGGCCAUGGCUUGUUGUGUGUGUCCCUUUGUGGAUCCUCAUGUCUUUUUUGUGUUUGGUUGUACUCUAUUACAUCGUCUGGUCCGUCCUGUUCCUGCGUUCAAUGGAUGUCAUUGCUGAGCAAAGGAGAACACACAUAACAAUGGCGAUCAGUUGGAUGACCAUUGUAGUCCCACUACUCACCUUUGAGAUCCUGCUUGUGCACAGACUGGAUGGACAUAACACGUUCUCAUACAUCCCUAUAUUUGUCCCUCUUUGGCUUUCACUGAUAACCUUGAUGGCCACAACAUUUGGGCAGAAAGGGGGCAAUCAUUGGUGGUUUGGAAUCCGCAAGGACUUCUGCCAGUUCCUCCUGGAAAUCUGCCCCUUCCUCCGAGAGUACGGCAACAUUUCCUACGACCUGCACCAUGAAGACAACGACGAGGUGGAAGAGACGCCCAUCCCCGAACCUCCCAAAAUCGCUCCGAUGUUUCGAAAAAAGACCGGGGUGGUUAUUACGCAGAGUCCUGGGAAGUACGUCAUCCCGCCUCCCAAACUCAACAUCGACAUGCCCGACUAAGCGUCCCCUCGGAGGCGCCUGCGUGGACUCUUCCCGUUGUGGAAACGACCGGGAACCAGCGGCCAGCGCGUUUUUAUCUCAUGCCUUUCUUUUGUUAUGAAUCGUGGUGUGUGCCUCAGUGGCUUGUGACGUGGAGAUCACGGAGAUUUGUCUUCAGGUCAUUUCUUUUACCAUGGCAGGAAAAUCAAUGAGAAGGCGACAUGUAAGCUCAGGCUCAGGCGUGUCAAGGUCCUGAUCAGAAUUGGUGGAACUUUUGUCCCAUGUCACCGUUUCCUUUCUUCUCAUCUCUGUCCACAGUUGCAUGUGGGCAAGACCGGCUGAAACCAGUGGCCUUCAUGCACAUGUCACUCUGGACUGGAUUUCGGCGGACGAGGAGGGCCCCUCUUUGGGAAUCUUGGAUUCACGCUUGCCUGUAUAGUAUUUAUAUGAACCUUUGGCAAUGUAAUAUAUUUUUAAGAGUCUGUACAGUAUAAAUAUGCAAAAGUAUUUUUAAAAGGCUGCGUGAAGUGCAUCAUCGAUUGUGAAUGACGUGCUUUGUGUUCAUCUGUUUCUGUUGGCGUCGCACAGCCACGUGAUGUUCCACCGCAUGCUUGCCUUGUCCUCCUCGCACGGAACUAGGAGCGCCAUCUUCGAAACAUGUCCGCAGGUAGGACUUGGAAGUUCCUCCCCUCUUAAGGGAUCCAAUUGCCUGGAUAAAGGUAUGUAAAUUAUUGUGUAAACGACCACAUUCCUUGUAUUGUCGAGAGGGGAAGGAGGAGGAGGGGAUGGUUUCCCACUUUCGUUAAAAUGUAAAACCUUGGGUAAUAAUACCUGUUUCUCAUCCCCCCCACUUUUGGCUGUUGAAUAAAAAGUAUCCUCCUGGAA